AUGGCGGGGAUGGCACUGCCCCUCUGCCUGAUCCUCGCUGUCACCCUGCAGGGUGGCCUGACCCAGGCGCCGGGACCCCUGGCGCGCCCUGGCCCCCUGAUCCUGCGGCUGCGGCGCCUGGAGGAGCAGUUUCUCCGGCUCCAGGAGGUGACGCUGAGCCAUCUCCAGAGCAUCGCCAGCAACUACAACAUCUCCUACAACAUCGAUGGGCGCUUCCAGGCGCUGGCGGAGCAGGCGGAGGCGGCUGUCGCUGCCCGGGCCGCCCUGGGUGCCGAGCUGGCCCGCCUGGCCACCACUGGCCGGCGGCUGCACCGCCGGCUGAAGCGGCUGGAGAGGACAGUGAGUGCCCUGAGCCCACCGCACCGCCCGGCCACCCACGCACCGGGUGCACCGGUGGAGACUGGCACUAAGCCACACGGCCUGCUGGACACUGCCCGGAGCCGGGACAGCCACCUGAAGCAGGAGCCAUCGCGCCAGGCUGCCCCCAGCACCCCCGGCCCUCGGCGCCCAAAGACGAGGCGGUGGCAGCAGCGCCGGCAGGAGGAAGGGCACUGGCUGCCGGCUGAUGCCAGGCCUGGCGGAGCACCCACGGAACAUGCAGAGACCCCUCGUGAUGCAGCACCGGCACCCCAGCCCACGGCAGUGUUGCUCCCCACCGUGACCACGGUCCCCCGAGAGCAGCCCCCAGCCUUCCAGCAGCCAGGGGAGGGCAGGUACGGCCCCCUUUCCCCGGUGCCCACCUCCCCUGCCUGCCGGGCCGGUGUCGUGCUGCUCUUCCCCAGCACCUCCGCGGGGCACGGGGCUGUCCUGGCGCUGGGGCCUCACCGGGGGCUGCGGGCACUGUCGCUCUGCUCCUGGCUGGCCACUCCAGCCCCUCGCCUCGGUGCCCUCCUCUCCUACUCCACCCAGUCGGGCCGCAGCGAGCUGGCCCUGCGUGGCCGUGGCGGGGAUGUCCGCGGCUCAGCACGCUUCAUCCUGGGGGACGGGCAGUUCCGGGAGCUGCCGGUGCAGCCGCUCCUGGGUGGCGAGUGGCACCACCUGUGCCUCACCUGGUCCUCCGGCCAGGGCCGGUACCGCUUCUACGUGGACAGGCGGCUGCUGGCCGCCGGCUCCGGCUUCCAGCAGGGCUAUGAAAUUCCCGCUGGGGGCUCGCUGGUGCUGGGCUGGGAGCAGGAAGGCCCCAGCAGGGACUUGGGCACUGCAGGAAAUUUUGUGGGUCACCUGGCUGGCUUCGCUCUCUGGAGACGGGCUCUGCUGCCCGGGGAGGUGGCCAGAAUGGCAACCGGGCGGGGGCUGCCCCGCGGCCCUCUCCUCACGCUGGGCGAUGCCUCCCUGCGGGGCGGGGUGCGGAGGGUGGCGUGUCCCUGCCUCCAGCACUGCCCGUGACGAGCCUGGCAGCAGGAAUGGUGCCGGCACCCAGCGGUCACGGCUGGCUCAUGGUGCUGAUGCCGAGGUGGAUCCUCCCGGAUCGAUGGGACACCCGGCAGAGAGAACAUCCCAGGAGCGGGACCACCGGAGGUGGGAUAAAGAGAAAGGGGCCUUGGCGACCCGUAUGGCACAGGUGGGACCAAAGCCGGAGGUGGCCUGCUCCCGGAGGAUGUACGGCCCAUCCUUCCCAUUAAAAUGCUCCGGACAGUGCAGAAACCUCCUUAUUUCUGCCCUGCUCUUCACUGUAGCGCUCGGUGCCACUCGGAGCCCGGCAGGAGCCGGAGCCCAGGCUGGGUCACGCGUGGGUGACCCGGCUCGUCCCCUGCCCCUGAGUCAGAGCAGGGGAAGCGGAGCACGGGACAGCCCGU